GAAAAACAAGCGAACCCACGUACAUAUGACGCAGAGCCGAAGCGGUGAAUUCUGGGAGCUAACGCUGGAGGUCAGAGUAGAUCCAAAAUGUCGGCGGCAGGUCUCUCGUCCUUGAGCCGCUGUGGUGUUUUAGCUUUCCGUUCCCACCCGGCCCUUAUGGCUGUCCGGUGGGCUCAGACAGCAGCCGCUCCUGCACCUCAGCCAAGACUAAAGAAGUUUCAGAUUUACAGAUGGGACCCAGACACUCCAGGAGACAAACCCCGCAUGCAGACCUACGAGAUUGACCUCAACACAUGUGGCCCAAUGGUUCUUGAUGCCCUUAUCAAAAUAAAAAAUGAGAUGGACCCAACACUUACUUUCCGACGCUCCUGCAGAGAAGGUAUUUGUGGAUCUUGUGCAAUGAACAUCAAUGGUGGAAACACACUUGCUUGUCUUAAUAAAAUUGAUACAAAUUUAAGCAAGCCUUCAAAGAUUUACCCCCUGCCACACAUGUAUGUGGUCAAAGAUCUUGUUCCUGAUAUGAGUAACUUCUACGCUCAGUACAAGUCCAUUGAACCAUAUCUAAAGAAGAAGGAUGAGACCAAAGAAGGGAAAGAUCAGUACUAUCAGUCUGUUGAAGACCGACAGAAGCUGGAUGGCCUGUAUGAAUGCAUCCUGUGUGCCUGCUGUAGUACAAGUUGCCCUAGUUAUUGGUGGAACGGUGACAAAUACCUGGGCCCAGCGGUGCUCAUGCAGGCAUAUCGUUGGAUGAUCGACUCAAGAGAUGAGUUUACAGAGGAACGUCUUUCCAAACUGCAGGAUCCUUUCUCCCUCUACCGCUGUCACACAAUCAUGAACUGCACCAAGACCUGCCCCAAGGGCUUGAAUCCCGGCAAAGCAAUUGCAGAGAUAAAGAAAAUGAUGGCUACAUACAAAGACAAGAAAGCAGUUGCAGCUUGAACGCUCAGAUGCCUUCUUCAUUGUUUCCCUCCAUAAUUGAAUUACAUUUUGAUUCAAAUUCUUGUUGAGGUCUAUUGCACCAUUUCAGCACACUCUGUAACAGAUGUCUGUGAGAUGUUGGUGAAAUAAAUGCGCACAUGUACAGCCUGAAUGAGAGCAAGUGUGUAAGUCUUACCUGUAACAUAACUUUAUAUUAAUUUAUCUCUAAACCAUUUGCUUUUCUGACCUCAUACUACAUAUUGAGGUGUACAAGAUGUUUCUGCAGGGAAGUGUUUCCUAUUUGAAUAGUGGUGGUAGCCAUUAUCUGGCCUCUAGUUCAUAUCCCCAGAGAUGCCACAUUGUAAGAGCAUUUUAUGUAUUGAUGAAAUAUAAAUAUUUAAAUGCAAUCUAA